UGCACAUUGAAGGAAAGCAGAAGAAGAAGUGUUUGUCAAGUCGAGCUAACUGCUGGAACUCUUCACAUGAUCAGUGGAUUUUACUUUUCUAAUGCAGGUGCGUGUUUUUGCCGGUGGAAGUGAUGGAUGAGGAAGGCCGCAGGGCCACCGUGUCCUGGGAGAAUGGGACCCUGGCUCCUAUGGACCACCUCCGCCUGGAGAGGGCCGACAGCCCCACGCCUGGGCUGGUGGAGGGAACCGAACCAGGUGCCGGGCAGAGGAGUGCCAUGUUCGUACAUUCACGCUCUUUUGAAGACCUGGCCGCAGAGGCUGAGGACGGGACCCCGGAGGCGGCCGAGCUGGAGGAGUCGGGAGGCUGCGAUGCAGAAGACUUGAAGGUGCUGGUCGGGGAGAAAACCGUGGAGCAGCAACAGAACAUUGACUUUGCAUCAGACAGCAGGACGAAGGAGGAGGACGUGUCCAGCGAGGCGUGGCGGAGCCACAAAAAGCACGUGUUUGUGUUGAGCGAGGCUGGGAAGCCCAUCUACACACGCUACGGCACCGAGGAGGCUCUGUCCAGCACCAUGGGAGUCAUGAUGGCCCUGGUGUCGUUUGUAGAAGCUGAGAAAAACAUCAUUCGCUCAGUCCAUGCAGACGGCUGUAAAGUGGUUUUCCUCACCAAGAGUCCCCUGGUGCUGGUGGGCGUGUCCCGGAGCCGCCAGUCGGACCGGGAGCUGCUGCGGGAGCUGCAGUACAUCUACUACCAGAUCGUCAGCCUGCUCACGCUCACCCAGCUCAACCACAUCUUCCAGAACAAGCAGAACUACGACCUGCGCCGCCUGCUGGCCGGCUCCGAGUAUCUGACCGACAACCUGCUGCUGCGCCUGGAGCGGGACCCGGGCCUGCUGCUCAGCGCCGUCACCUGCCUGCCCCUGGCCAGCUCGGCCAGGGACGCCGUGUCCUCGGGCCUGCAGGCCGCCAAGGCCAAGAACCUGGUGUUCUCCAUCCUGCUGGCCGGCGACCGCCUCGUCACCCUGGUCCGGAAGAAGGACCAGUUCCUGCACCACAUAGACUUGCACCUCGUCUUCAACCUCGUCGGCUCCUCCUCGUCGUUCCGGGAGGGCGAGGGCUGGACGCCCAUCUGUCUGCCCAAGUUCAACACGGCAGGGUUUUUCCACGCUCACAUCUCGUACCUGGAGCCCGCGUCCCAGCUCUGCCUCAUCCUGGUCUCCACCGACAGAGAGGACUUUUUUAACAUGUCUGACUGCAAGCAGCGCUUCAUGGAGAGGCUGAGUAAGCGCAGCGCCUACCCGGCCCUGAAGGAGGCGCUGAAAUCUCCCACUUACUCCGUGUGCCAGGUUGGAAUCCCAGAGCUCAGGCACUUCCUGUACAAAUCUAAGAGCUCGGGUUUGUACACCAGUCCAGAGAUCCCCAUGGUGUACCAGAGUGAGGCGGAGCAGGAGAGGCUGAUGGGGCUGUACCAGGACCUGCACAGCUGCAUGCACCACCCGACCAGACCGCUGCGCUCCUUCUACCGCUGCGGGGAAACGGAGAACCUGCUGGCCUGGGUGACCAGUGGCUUCGAGCUCUACCUCUGCUUUAGCCCGCUGGCCACCAAGGCCUCGGCGCUGUCUGCCGUCAACAAGCUGCUGAAGUGGAUCCGGAGGGAGGAAGAUCGCCUCUUCAUCCUCAGUCCUCUCACAUACUGAGUCCCCGGCUCUUCCCUCUUUACCGGACCAGACCUUUCCUUUAGCCGGCUGUGCAGCAAAUGUGAAUUCACUUUCACCGGCUGUUUUUUUUUUUAAACAACUCUUAACUUGAAUUGACGGAUGGAGGCAGCUUCAGCAUCAGCACCAUCCGGGAGGAAAUGCGGUCUCUGUGCACUUCAGACAUUCCCGAAUAAAGAGUUAUUUUAGUGCACUAGAGCGAUCAUGCAUCUCAGAAUUAGAACUUUGCUGUUGGUGUUUUUAACGCUGAAAUAAAAAGUACAUUUUAAAACUGGGAACUGGAAA